AUGACAUUUCUUCUCUUCCCUCCCCAAACCCCUAAACAUGGUAAAGUUGACCAACAUGACAACUUUACUCAACUAGUUUCUACAAAUAAAGAUACAAUUAAUAAUGUAACACAUAUUAAUCUAUCUGAUACAGAUAAUUCAUACGCCGUUACAUCAAAAAAUGCCUCAGAUGGAUUUGAAGAUUCGCUUUGUGAUGAACUGGUUGAAAAUAUAGAUGAAGGUUUACCCAAAUAUUUUCCAGAAUGGAUUAUUGAAGUGGCUAAGAAGAUGCAAAUACAUAAUUUGUCGGAAAUACAGAGGCGUGCUUUGCCCUUAAUAUUUCGCGGGUUUAAUGUUAUAGCGUCUGCCCCUACAGGCACGGGAAAAACAAUUUGUUUUUGUUGGCCGAUCUUAGCUGAACUUUCCAAGAAUCCUUAUGGAGUUUUUGCCCUAGUGCUUAUGCCUAAUCGGGAAUUGGCUCUACAAGUCUCUGAACAGUUUGCCUUGUAUGGCAGUCCCAUUGGUGUAUCCGUUAUGACCGUUAUUGGAGGUACAGAUUUGAUUAGUGAAUCUGCCAAUUUGAGCUUCCGUCCAAAUAUCGUCGUGGCCACCCCCGGUCGAUUGGCUUAUCAUCUAAGGACCCCGGGCAGAAACAUUGCUGAAAUAUUUAGUGAAACUCAAUACUUAGUUUUGGAUGAAGCAGAUAAUCUACUGGCAGCUUCAUUUGAGGAAGAUUUGAUUACAAUAAUAUCUUCACUGCUAUCAAUGGAGAAGGGUCGGAAGACCUUGUUAUUUUCUGCGACUAUUAACGAAUCAAUCGAGAAUAUGCACAAAAUAUUAGAAUUUGGCAAGGUUCCAGUCAAAUUUAUUAAUGUAACAGGAGCUUUGGAUGAAAAAAUAUCUCAUUACUACAUCUUCUACCCUCGAUGCAUUCAUUUGGUACAUCUUAAUUACAUCCUUAGGUUACCACAAUUUCUCAACAAAUUAUCAGAAACUUGUAAUAAUGAUAAAAGGCAAUUACGCCAGGGUAUAAUCUUUGUAGCUACUAAAAAACGCUGUAUUUUCAUAGAAGAUUCCCUCAAGAUUCUCGGAUUUACUGUGGCUGGUUUGCAUAGUUUGUUGAAUCAAAGGGACAGAAUUAGACAACUUGACAAAUUUAGAAGAGGAACUGUUGAACUUCUAAUAGCGACAAAUGUUGCUUCAAGAGGUCUUGACAUACCUAAAGUGACAUUUGUAAUGAACUUGGACAUUUGUAUUGAUGUAAAAGAUUACAAACAUAGAGUGGGUAGGACUGGGCGAGCAUAUGAAAAGGGAAUCGCCUUGAGCUUUGUAGACGAACGUGAUGUAUCAAAGGUAGAGAAUUUUGAAAAGGCUUUGGGUUUUAAAUUAAAUAAAUUCGAAUUCCCCGAAAAGGAGUCCCUUAAAUCGUUAAACAAAGUCACUAAAGCGUCACAAGUAGCUUUGGUGCACACUGAGAUGACUUUGAAGCAGAAAUAUAAAGUAAACAAGUGA